CCAAGCGGCUCUUGUGAAUUAUAUUUGCAAAUAUGUCCUACAACAUGCAAGAUUUAACGAUUUUAACGUUGGUUUAAUCUCAUUCCACCUUAUGGCCGAGCAGCCCAGACUUUAUACUGUAUAAGUGUAAAUGGGUUUAUGGCUCUGUGGGCUCACGUGACACCAGGCUGUUAUUAUCCACUGGGCCCCACAAGUUUUCCUUGACAGGUGGAUUGACAUGUUGCCAGUGGUGGUGGUCCACGGAGGGGCGGGUCAUAUCCCAAAGGAGCGGUCGGAAACGGCCGCCUCAGGGGUGUGCUCAGCAGCCCGGGCGGGGUACGCCGUACUCCGGGGAGGGGGGAGCAGCAUGGAUGCAGUGGUAGAGGCCGUUUCCCAGCUGGAGAAUAAUCCCUCCUUCAACGCAGGAUGCGGGUCAGUGCUGAAUGUGAAAGGGGAGGUGGAGAUGGACGCCAUUGUGAUGGACGGGAAGACACUGGGAAGCGGUGCCGUCUCUGCUGUUCGCAAUAUAGCCAACCCUGUUCAGCUAGCAAGACUGGUUAUGGACAAGACCAGUCAUGCGUGUUUGACAGCAGAGGGUGCCAAUCAGUUCGCCUGGGCCAUGGGCGUCCCUAAAGUCCCUGAGGAGUCCCUCAUCACGGAGUACUCCGUCAUGCGCUGGACAAAGAACCUGGCCCCCGAUGCCAACCCUGUGGAGUGCCAAAUGGGGAAGAUGGGCACGGUCGGAGCGGUGGCGGUGGACAGCGAGGGCAACAUAGCCUGUGCAACCUCCACCGGCGGACUACUGAACAAGAUGGUGGGACGGGUGGGCGACACACCCUGCAUAGGCGGCGGAGGUUAUGCCGACAACGAGGCGGGAGCAGUGUCAACCACGGGCCACGGAGAAGCCAUCAUGAAAGUUACUCUGGCAAGACUCAUCCUGUUCCACAUGGAGCAAGGUCAGUCAGUAGAGGCAGCCAGUGACUUGGGCCUGGCCUACAUGAAGUCCAGAGUGGGCGGGCUGGGUGGGGUGGUGACAGUGGACCCCCAGGGCCACUGGGCCGCUCGCUUCUCCAGCCUGCAAAUGGCCUGGGCUGCAGCGCAGAGAGACACGCUGCACUAUGGCCUCUACGCCGGGGAACACGUCACCCAGAGCAUUGACAAUCCCCACUGAACCGAAAAACUAAUAAAUAUGUUUAGAGACAAAAUGAAUCAUCGAAAUGAAUACUAAUGUAAAUAAUCUAACGUUAUUACAAUUUACUACCUUUUUUUGCGGAUUUCUCAGCUGAUCAUAUUUGAGACGAAGUGGCCAGUUUAACUGCCGAUGAACACUUGAAAUGAUUCAUCAAAAAUGUUCAUCUUUAGUUUGUGCAAUGACGAACGUCUACACUUUUUAGAGAGCGUUGAUUUGUGAGCUCUGUGUUUGUGUUGUAGCGUGAGGUGAAACGCUGGCGUCACCACUGCGUCUGUGUUAAGUCCGAGCCGGUGUUUGUCAAGUGCUGCCGAUGAGAUGACGAUCGUUAACGCUGAAGCUUUGUUUUAGGAAAACUGGUCACAGUAAAAAUCCCUCUCAUCCCUGGA